CAAUCGUCCUGAUUGAUUUGCGCAUGUCAGUUGGGAACAUUGCAAAUGGCGUCACUUGUUAUUGUUCCAUGGCGUUUGUGAAAUCGUCCAAAUUAUGACAGUUUUUCUCUCGUAUCAAGGCAGUUUGACUGUUCACGAGGGUACCGCAUUGGUGUGAUUUUUCAUGCGUUCGCUAGAGCUUAAUGGCCGCAGAUAGUGAUGGCAGUGUCAUUAAAACUGUGGUCACUUGCAAAGGGAAUUUAGACGAUCCAGAUUUCAGUGAGAAAUUCAACUGCUUUAUCUCCCAACUAGGAGAUUUGCUAUGUUCCAGUGAAAGUGGUUCUCUAAAAGUCAAUAAAGUGGAGCCAUGGAAUUCUGUGCGUGUUACACUUACCAUCCCCCAUGAUGCUGCCCAACGGCUGCGCCACUUGGCACAGCAAGGACACCAUGCCCUCCGUACUCUAGGAAUACUCUCUGUGCAAGUGGAUGGUGACCAGAUCAUCUCGCUGACAAUCGCCAGCGGAAAUGACGAGCCGCAGCAGAUCAGCCUGCAGCCAAGCACCUCUGCGACAGCGCCAGUCAUCAGCGAGGCGCCAGCCCCCAUCAGCUCAGUGGUGAACCACCGACCAGCGUUUGUCGACGCUGUAGCAGCUGCGCCCAGCCCGGCGGUAACGCCGGCAGCACCGCCACCAGCUCCGCUGCCGCCACCACCGCCACCGCCGAGCGUUCCCGUGGCGACGUUCUCGGCUACCGCUACGGCGGCCAAUAAUGUUGCCCCCAAUGUGGUGGCUCCCGUCAACGAGCCGAUCCCCUUCUCCCCGAAGACUGCCGCGCGACCACCUGGCAGCUACGGCCCGUUUCCCUUUGCCAGCAUGACUCACGCGGCGACAGCCAUGCAGAGUCGCGAAUCGCAGCAUGGGCCCGCGGCGGUCACCCGCUUCCCCUUCAACCCGCCACCGCCGUAUCCUGGCCAGGCGACGGUUGCGGCAGCGCAACAGCAACAACAGCCCAUCACGGCGCCGGUGCCAAGCCAGCAGCCCGCUGCCCAGGGUCCUGCCGCGGUGGUGGCGAACCACUACCAACAGAACGCGCAAAAGGUAGCCACCAACAUUGCCAACCAUGUGGCCAAGGCGGCGGCGGCAGCGGCUUCGGCGAGUACCAAUUGCGUCGCAUCGCCAGCCAGCGCGGCUAAUGUUGCGCUGUCCAGCCCGCUGCUGGUCAACCUGCUGCAAAACGACGCGCCGACCCCUUCAAAAAUGCUGCCGCCGCAGUUGGACAAGAAAAAGGCAGCUGCCACAAAGAAGGUGAAGAGAAAAGAGGGCGAGCAGUCACCGCCCGCGUCGCCCGACCAUCAGCAGCAGCAGUUCAGUAUUUCGAUGCCUUCUCUGCCCAACAUCCCAAACCUGAACCUGUCACCGCCCCCCGCAGCCGCCGACCAGAGGGUGGCGGCGGCAGUGGCGUCGCGACCAACUGCGACCACGGCCUCACCCCCGCCCCCAUACGCAGCCAGCCGUCGACCCUCAGUCCCCGUUGUAAAUCAAGUCGUGCCUUCAACCCCGUCAUCCGAAUCCUCCUCACCGAACUGGACUCCUAGUCAGAAGGAAGCGAGUCCGCCGCCUCUCACCUCCAGCGGCAAGCGGCGUCAGUUUCUGAUCAACCCGCUCACCGGACACCUUGAACCGAUGCCGAGCGACAGCAGCUCAGAGAGCGAGCAUGAGGAGCUGCCCUCAGAGCCGUUCUCGUUCGUUGACCGCUCCAAUUCUGGCUUCUCAGACGAAGAUGAGUCCAACGUGAGCACCGUGUCGCGCAAGGAGACGGACCAGUCCGACUCGGAGGCCAAGUCGACCGCCAGCACGGACUCGUCAAGCAAAAAGCUGUUGCGCGACACGCUGCAGGCGAUGCCUGAGAGUGGCGAGAAGAUCAAGCUUCGACUAAAGCUGGAUAAAAAUGAGCCGGUGACGCCCGCUUACAAUGUGUCUUAUGUGAACGUUCCCCCAGUUAAAAAGGUGGUCGAGAGGCCGCUGCCCCAGAGCAGACUGUUCGCAGGCCUAACGGCCGCCCCACCCUCCGCCCCCAACCCAGCUCCCAGCUCGCCGCUCGCGGCAGCUGGCGAGCAGCCCCGCGUGCCUCCGCUGCAUAUAUCGUUGCGCGGACGCAACGCGGCCGUCGUUGUCAACGCUCCGCGCGUCGAUGGCGCCAGAGAGCAGGCGUCGUCAUCGUCAGUCAUGCCACCGUCGCCCAAGAAGCUGAUCACCGCCGGUGGUGUAGUUAGUGUCGGCGACGCUGAAAGGACAGCCAAACGCAAGGUGAACCGCGCCAAAGUGAAAGACGGUGUCGAAAUCAGAAGUCUGCCGACCAGCCUGCUCGCCACGGUUGGUCAUGAAAAACAACCGGCGAUUGUGGUAAAGAAAAAACAGUUGCGAGUGAACAGUAAAAGUGGCGUCGACAGCGAAAAGGUGGCCGCUGUUCUGACGGUGCCUCCGAAGGGCCCCGGUAGGCCAGAGAUCAAGUUGGAGCCGCCAGAGGAGAAGCCUGCUGAGCUGCUGCCACCUCCCGCCUCGCUGGAGGUAAAGAGUGUGCUUCCUCCGACCGAAGACGUCAAGGAGGUGGCCGAAAAACCGCCCCCGCCGCCGGCCAAAGCGAAAAAGCGAGAGGUCAGGCGAAAGUCGUCUUGCGGCGAGCAGCGGGAACAGAAUCUGCUCUCUGGUGGCGGAAUUGUUAGUGAUGAACCCAUCGACGAUGAGACCAGGGCCAAGAUGCUACUGGCCAGAAAGUCGAGACGGUCCGCGGACGCCAAGAUCGUGGGUCCUGCUUUGAAGGAAACCGCCCCGGCGCUGCAGCACGAGCCCACUGUGGAGAACGGCGUUGCGAGGAGUAGGGGCUUCUUAGAAGGUCACUCUCACCUGGACAGAAGAGAUAGCCUAGAAGAGGAAAAACCUAAUGUUAAGGAUCUCAGAUUAUCAGCUCCAAUUUCUAUGAAAGUGUUGUCACGGAGUAGCCCCUCGGAAUCAGGCCUAAGCCUUUUGUCCUCACAAUCUCAGGAACUUGACCCCGGCCUCCUACCCCUGUCGCCAUCUUCCUCUUACAAUCUGAUGCAUAGCGACACUUCUGUGAUAUUAACCGAAAAAAGCCAGCAGCCGAAAGGCAUCAAGGAAGAAAAACCCAAUAAACACCACUUGAACCUUCCCAACACAAUUACGGCAAUCGCGAAACCGUCGCCGAACUGCACCAAGAUCAAGCAGGUUGGCGAACCUUCAGCUAAGUAUAGGAAAGUUGAACCCAGCUUGGUCGACUCCACGGUCGACCUGGUUGUAAACGACAAGAAGGUGUCGCUCGCGAACCUCAAGAAGAUGGCGACGAAACCUCUGAACACGACUGACAACAGCAGGUCAAAGUUGUCAAGGAUCGCUGAAAGUCUGAAAGAGUCUGGAAGCGUUAACGUAAACCUGCCUUUGCCAUCCAUAGACAUCUCCGUCAUGAACUCCAAGAUCUCGGCCGCUGUGAAAGACGAAAAGUUUUUGAUCAAGAGAGAAGCAACACCUGUCACUAGUCUAGAGGCUGAAAAACCUGCGCCGCAGCAAGUGAAGACGACGACUGCGGCGGCAGAGCGCGUUGAGAGUCCCAGUAACGGUGGUAAUGGUACUCACGAGUCUGGAAACACACAGGGUGAAGACUCUGGCAUUGAGUCGAUGGAUGCGCUAUCAGAGAAGAGCCCAAACCAGGGUGAAAGUCCUCAGCGCAAGGAAGAAAAGGAUGAGCCCCCCGCUGUCGAGGAGAAAAGCAGUGACGCCGCGGUGCCUUUGGCUGAAGAAGUCAAGCCCGAGGUCAAAUGCCCAGAACCCAAGGCUGUGAGCAAGGAAGGGCCCGUCGAGCCGGCAGAGGUAAAGCCGGAAACGAAAGACAUACGCGCCCUGACCACCAAUUCGAAGCUGGCAGCCGCUCUCAGCGACAUCCCGGCCGUCUUUCUGCAAUCUGCCCCUAGGGGCGGCGACGGUGCCGCGUUCAACAUGCGCUCCUCUAAGCUGAUGCCCAUCAAGCUGGUGAAACUGCCGGGGAACGCGACACCAGGCCAGACGCUGCUCGAGCUUAGCAUCCCCAAGUCGGAAGCGUCCUCCUCAACAUCCAGUCCUGUGAAAAUCCUGGUGCCCAAAAUGUCGCCCAUGAAGUCUCAGACCAUCUCUGCGGUCGUGGUUAAGUCUGUAGUAGUCACCUCUGCGUCCAACGUGAUCAACAUGGUGCGCACGGCCUCUGUGCAAAAUGACAACAAGGAGGAGACACCCAUCAGGUGGCUGCCUUCGAGUAACGUCCUGCCCCCUCCUCCACCACCUGUGACCGCCACCAUUACCGCCUUGCCCGCAACGUCGACCACCACGACGGCUUUGGACAAUUCGCCGCUCUCCGACGACGAUCCCAAACCCAUGUGGAUCAAACCAGCCUUGUACACAUACUCGAAUGCUGAGAAGCACAGAGACAGUCCGUCGCCUUCUGCAGACGAACUGGCCAAAGUGGAUGAGCCCACCGUUGCCGAAUCGUCUCCUGAGGAGGAAAAGUGCUCCCCUUUAUCAACCAAAGAGAGCAUCCUCAAGUCAGAGCUUACAAGCAACGAACUGUCCCCGCUACACCCGAAUUACAACCUCAACAAAGAUGCUUCAGACGAACACAACUACGUCGCGAGGACAAAAGUAAAGGACAAGCGUCUUGGGGAGCAGCUAAGGAUAGAAAUUCCCAUCGAGUCCCAUGAAUCGGAGGACAAGAAACCAGUGCGGAGCACUAGGUCCUCCUCUCGACUGAUCAGUCCAGACCUGGCCAAGCUGGAACAUAGAACGCCGGCGGUCAGCCCUGCGGAGGAUGACGGCAUUAAGGGGCCACUGUCCUCGAGUUCGUCCACCUCUUCAAAACUGAGUCCAAACACUAUCACCCUCAGAGCGGGAGUCAAGAGAAAGAGACAGGAGUCUGAAAGCAGUGCCACCUCAAGCAUAAGGGAUGACCAGGACGAGAGCAGCCCGAGCCUGUCGGACAGGCCGGGCAAGCGGAAGUGCUCGGAGAACGCAGCCGAGCUGAUAAAGGCGUGCAUGGGCGUGGACGACGUGCCCAACAAGAAACUGCUGACCACAAUGACUAGUGUCAAAGAAGAGAAAAGAAGCCCAUCAGCGUGCAGUGAUGUUAGUGAGAAGAGAGCGGCUAUGAGGACCAGGCGAGGCGGCUCGUUGGCGGCAGGGGACUCCUCUGACGAUGAACAAUUUUUACCAGAUGUGCCAAACAAGGGCAGACAGAGCAGGCAAGUGACAAAAGAUGACAGGACAGGUGCCAAAACGCCGCAGAAAACGCCCCGAUCUGCUAGCAAAGACGAGGAAAAAAUUGGUAGGGCGAAUCACAGAGUGGGAGCAGUCAAAGUCGUCAGCGUGUCGGCCAUCGGUGCACAAGCCACCCUACUGACCACGCAGCAAAGCGAGAAGCGGUCAAGGGUGGAAACGCCACCGCCUGGCUCCUCGGAGACCCCAACGAGGCGAUCCAACCGUCAGCAGGCAGCCACCACGGUCAAAGCAACAGUGAUCCAGCAACAGCAGGUGGAAUCUCUGGCCAAGUCGCGGGAGACGAGGGGCGCCAUGCGAAUGGUGCGCGACGAAAAGAGCACCGCACCUAGCCCGACGCCCCCAACCACCGAGUCCGCCGCCAACACGAGACGGAAAACGCGGAGCGCCAAGGCUGCAGGUUACUGAGUGUGUCUUGAAGAGUGGAGCAGUGUAUCACAUUCCAUCUAAUCAAGAAGAGCUAGCUCUACGCCAAGCAAAUGUAGAAGGAGCUGAAGGGAUUUCACUUCAUUUUCUUUUCAAAAGUACAAAUCAGUCCACAGUAUGCUAAAUUUGUGGGUAGGAGGAAGCACUGUAUAGAGAGAAAUGAAUGACUUUUUGUUAUGUAAUUUAUAUUUGAUUAACAACUUGAUUUUUGUGUACAGCUUUGAUAAUUUAUGUGGUCCAGAGAACAGUUUGUAUAAAAAAUGAUCGUGUGAAUAUCAAAACAAAAAAUGGACAAAGAAGCAAAAAAUGUAAUUAAUUACAAGAGAGACAGAAAAUGAAAAUAUCUAGUGGCGGUAGACAAAUUUAAUACAGUUGUUCUUUUACAUUGUAACAAUAAUACAGGGGAGGCGAUUUUUUUUUCAUUUGGAGUCUGUUAUUAGUUGAUGGCUUCAGUGUUUCUGCUAUAAUGAAAAUUGAGAAAUCUCAUCCAAGAGAUAUUUUGCCUUUCUACCUUGCCAUUUAAGAAAUGAGGGAAGCUGCUCUGUUAAUAUAAAAUUGGCUUUUUAAGUGUAAGUUGUUACCAACAUGCAUAAUAACACAUAGUUAAUGUCCAGUUGUUAUCAUAAAUAUAUUCUAUUUAAACACGACUCAGUGUUGGUCAGAGAAUGUGUGCGUGUGUUGGUGAGAUCCGGGUCUCGGCCCCUGUCUGUUCGUUGGCCAGGGUCUCGCGAAAACGAAGUCAUUUAAAUUCGCGUUUAGUUUUGUGUCGAGUGCAAUCAAAUUGCUACUUUGGUUUUUACUGCCCUUUUGAAUGUUUGAGUCGAUGGAGUCCCUCCCUCAGCAGACGAGCCGUGUGGGCUGCGACCUGGUUUUUGGAAUGAUAAAAGCGCACUACUUAAUAGAGAGUGGUCACAGAACAACUGAUGAGAAUGGACAUCGGCUUGUAAUUGAAUUAUUUUAUGUUUGCAAAACAUACACACUGCAUAUUAGCGAACUGAUAAUAUGUAGCAGAGUGAUUGUGUCUUUUGAGUGGAAACAUACACACACGCAUUGUUGUUUUUAAUUAGUGGGUUAUUAUACUUCAUGCGUAAAAAUUAUAAAUACAACAUUAUUAUCAUCACUGUUGUCCUACUUAUGUAAAUAAUUAAUAUGAUAUGUAAAUAUAUCUCAUUUUUCUAGA